UUUGCCUGACAUGCCUUUGCCAGCGCCUGAUGUUCCGGCCUCUCAGAGGCUGGCACUGGUGGACUGUCGUACCCUUCUGGACCAUCGCACUGGCAAGGGGGUGUGUGGUUGUUGUGGGGCUCUCAGGCCCCGGUACAAAAGACUGGUUGACAACAUCUUCCCAGAAGACCCAGAGGAUGGACUGGUGAAGGCCAACAUGGAAAAACUGACAUUCUAUGCUCUGUCAGCUCCAGAGAAGCUUGACCGCAUUGGUGCAUACCUGUCUGAAAGAUUGUCUAGAGAUGUGGCUCGACAUAGAUAUGGAUAUGUGUGCAUAGCCAUGGAGGCUCUGGACCAGUUGCUGAUGGCCUGUCACUGCCAGAGCAUCAACCUGUUUGUGGAGAGUUUCCUCAAGAUGGUUCGCAAGCUCUUAGAAUCAGACAAACCCAACCUGCAAAUACUAGGAACCAACUCGUUUGUGAAGUUUGCCAACAUAGAAGAGGACACACCAUCGUAUCACCGCAGUUACGAUUUCUUCGUUUCACGUUUCAGCGAGAUGUGUCACUCAAGUUUUGAGGACCCUGAUAUCCGCACUAAGAUCCGCAUGGCAGGAAUUAAGGGCCUUCAGGGAGUGGUGAGGAAGACUGUCAAUGACGAGCUUCAGGCCAAUAUCUGGGACCCUCAGCACAUGGACAAAAUCGUGCCCUCUCUUCUCUUCAACCUGCAGAGUGGAGAGCGUACAGAAAGCCGCUCCCCCUCUCCACUGCAGGCAUCGGAGAAAGAGAAGGAAAGCCCGGUGGAGCUGACUGAACGCUGCUUCAGAGAGCUGCUGGGACGAGCUGCCUAUGGCAAUAUCAAGAACGCCGUCACACCCGUGCUGAUGCACUUAGAUAACCACUGUCUAUGGGAGGGAAAGACCUUUGCAGUGCGUUGCUUCAAAAUCAUCAUGUAUUCCAUCCAGUCACAACACUCUCACUUAGUCAUCCAGCAGCUUCUUGGUCACUUGGAUGCAAACAGCAAGAACUCAGCCACAGUGCGAGCAGGGAUAGUGGAGGUUUUGCUGGAGGCAGCUGCCAUCGCAGCCAGCGGCUCUGUAGGCCCAACAGUGCUGGAGGUCUUCAACACCCUGCUGCGGCAGCUCCGUUUGAGUGUGGACUACGAGUUGACCGGCUCCUACGAUGGCAGCACAAACAUCGGCACCAAGAUCAUCAAAGCUCACGAGGAGAGGCAGCUGCAGGAGGCUGUCAUCAGAACCAUCGGUUCAUUUGCCAAUACUUUACCAACAUACCAAAGGUCAGAGGUCAUGCUCUUCAUUAUGGGCAAGAUCCCUGUCCCUGGACUCCACCCAGUUCUGCCCGCCACAGGCUCUGGGCCUGAUGGUACCAGGAUGAUUCAGGUUAUGUUACUUAAAUCUUUAGUCCAGGUAACAGCGGGUUUCCAGACCACCAACAUGCUAACAGCGUUGCCCAGCUCUUUCCUGGAGCCACUACUGUCGUUCUCUCUAACCGAGGACCCCGAGGUUCGUCUGCUGGUGCUUCAGAUCCUCCUCAGUCUCAUCGACAGGCACGACAACAGGCCCAAGUUCGCCAACAUUAGCAGCAUCUCUGACAUCUCUAUGCUGAAGCUCAAAGUUGACAAGUGUUCCAGACAGGACAACUUAUUUAUGAAAAAGCAUGGCCAACAGCUGUACCGACACAUCUACCUGGGCUGUAAGGAGCAAAGCAGUGGGCGGCAGCACUAUGAGACCCUCUUCACUCUCUUGGGUCUCCUCAGUGUAGAGCUGGCCAAUGAAGAGGUGGUAGUGGACCUUAUUCGGCUGGCGCUGGCCUUGCAGGAUCUCGCCCUGACCACCGAUGAGGCUCUGCCUGUUUAUAACCGGUGUGCUGUUCACGCCGUUGCGGCUGCCUACCUCAACCUCAUCUGCCAGCUCACCACAGUCCCAGCCUUCUGUCAGCACAUACACGAGGUCAUCGAGGUGAGACAGAAAGAAAGUCCCCACCUUUUGCCUGAAGAUGUCUUCGUUGAUAACCCAAAGCUGCCAUCUUCACUUGAAAAGGUAGAAGGUGGUGUUUUGUUUCUGCAGUCGAAGAUCACUGAAGUCCUCGGAGGCAGUGGUUAUAACACAGAGAGACUGGCAACGCCUUAUGUCCCACAGUAUACUGAUGAGGACCGUUUGUCGAAGAGAAAAAGCAUCGGGGAGACCAUUUCGCUGCAGGUUGAGGUGGAGUCCAGAAAUAGUCCAGAGAAAGAAGAGCGAACACCGGCAGAGGAAAUUACUUUUGAAACCCUGAAGAAUGCCAUCGUGGACAGUGUGGGUAUGGAGGAGCAGGAGAGAGAGCGGAGGAGGCAAGUGGUGGAGAAAUUCCAGAAGGCUCCUUUUGAGGAGAUAGCUGCUCACUGCGGUGCCAGGGCCACGAUGCUACAGAGCAAACUAAAUCAGAUCUUCGAGAUUACAAUCAGACCACCCCCAAGCCCAUCUGGAACCAUUUCAUCAGGCUACGGCCAAACCCAGAGUCGAUCUGUUCCCAUCUACGAGAUGAAGUUCCCCGACCUUUGUGUGUACUAG